UUUCCACGUCGUCCUCACAAAAAAACAUUGGUCGUUUAUCGUUUGACGUUCAAUAUAAAAUGAUAUUCCGUGACAUCGUGAACGUCGACUGUUGAGGCCGAAACUUUUCACGGAAAUGUCACGUCUCGUAAACGCGUUUUUUUUUUUUUAAAGAUAAGGAAGUUGGUGUUAGCAUUGUCCUGCUAGCCGUGUUGUUGAGGCUCUCCGGAGAUCAGGGUAAACGGCUUCCGCUCCACCGCCUGCCGUUCACCCUCCCGACACCUUCGGACAAAUAGAAAGUGACUCCAGUGAUCGUUUUAAUCAACGCUUUGUCAAAAUCGAUCCCAAUCAAUGGGGAAAGUAGACUUUAUCGUCAAUCGCUGAAGGUUUUAUCUCGGAGACGCGGGGCUGUCUUGCGUCAUUGGAGAAGUCGUCUUCGGGAACCAGGCCUGCUAAGGAUGGAAGAUUGAAGUUGGAAGAGAGAAUGAAUCCGUUUUAAUUUAUGUAUUUAUUGUUCAUGUUCACUGACAUUUUAACGGCUUAUCUUCUACUACAAUGAGUGUCUCUUACAACCUAUGUAACCUCAUAGUGCUCUGCCUCAUAGCAGGCAGCAAUUUCAAACCCGCAUCCUCUUCUGCUCGAUGUGGUCAUGCCCCACAAAUACUGGACGGUAAGCAGGGGGAUAUCACAAGCUCGUCCUACCAUAACUGGUCCUACCGCUUCGGGUCCAUCUAUGACUGCUGGAUCAUCCAAGGGAACGAGGAUGAGCCCAUCAUUCUGAGCUUCUCCCAGUUCUCGACGCGCUGCAAGAAGGAAUGGGUGUCCCUGAAUUCGUCGUUGCCGGGCCGUGAGCCGGUGGUCCUCUGCGGCCCCACGUUGCCCGACCCCAUCGAGUUCCCCGGGGGUAACGUCACGGUGGUGCACCACUUCCUGCCCCACCUGUUUCCUGUGUCGUCCUUCCUGCUGAGCUACAGCAGAGACAGCGCCGAGUGCCCGCCGGCCUCCUUUGAGUGCGCCAGCGGUCGCUGCCUCCCCCUGUCCUGGCGCUGCAACGGCCGGGUGGAGUGUCUGGGGGAGGGGCUCGGCGCCGACGAGCGGGGCUGUGACGGGGAGGAGGAGGAGGAUGCCAAGCCCCCGCAGGGAGGAGGAGGAGGAGCCGAGAGGAACGCCACCUCCACGCAGCGCCAGCCCCAGACGACGGUGGGCCUCGACGAGGAGGACCUGUGGUCCCAGCUGAUGGAGAAGGACGGCUACAGCCGGGAUGACUACCAGCCCUGGGCGGAGCCGAGGCCCGCCCCCCCGCCCUCCGGCAGGCAGCCCAACGCCACCCGGCCCCCCCCCUCGGCGGCGGAGGACUGGCCCUGCGGGGGGGUCCUGCAGACCUUCUACGGGACCUUUGCCCCGCCUUUCAACCGCGGGGCCUCGAUGGUGUGCGUCUGGACCGUGGACCCCCAGGACCCUCGGCCCUUGAAGCUGGACCUCCAGCAGCUGGAGCUGGGCCCCAGGGACAGGCUGGCCAUCUACAACCGCCAGGAGGGCUCCGGAGAGGUCAUCAAAAUCGUGACCAGCAGCUCCAACUACAAGUCGGUGCAGGUGGAGUCGCGGACGGGCCUGCUGUCGCUCUCCUACCACGCCGCGGCCGGCUCCCCGGGCCGCGGCUUCAACGCCACCUUCCGCGUGGGCGGCUACUGCCCGCCGUGGGAGCAGCGCUGCGGGGGCUCGGCGGGGGGGUGCUUCACCCGCGAGCAGCGCUGCGACGGCCGCUGGGACUGCCCCGAGACGGGGCGCGACGAGGCGGGCUGCCGGGGCUGCGGCCGCGAGCAGUUUGCGUGCGGGGGCGGAGCCGGGCAGCGGACGGCGGUGCCGGCGUCGGUGGCGGGCCGCAUGAUGGGGCGUCCCGUGUGCUACCCGGCCGGGGAGAGGUGCAACUACCAGCUGUACUGCGCCGACGGCAGCGACGAGAGGGACUGCACCGUGUGCCAGCCCGGGACCUUCCACUGCGACAGCGACCGGUGUGUGUUUGAGAGCUGGCGCUGCGACGGCCAGGUGGACUGCAAGGACGGCACGGACGAGCUCAACUGCACCGUGGUCCUGCCCCGCAAGGUCAUCACCGCGGCGACCGUGGGCAGCCUGGUGUGCGGCCUGCUGCUGGUCAUCGCCAUGGCAUGCACCUGCAAGCUCUACUCCCUCAGGACCCGCGAGUACAGCAUGUUCGCUCCAAUCAGCCGCCAGGAGGCGGAGCUCAUCCAGCAGCAGGCCCCGCCCUCCUACGGUCAGCUGAUCGCCCAGGGCGUCAUCCCGCCAGUGGAGGACUUCCCUACAGAGAACCCCAAUGAGGCCACCUCCCUCUCCCUGCGGGGGAUCCUCCAGCUGCUGCGGCAGGACACGGCCGCCUCCCCCCGCCGCCGGCGCCGCCCGCGCUUCGUCCGCCGCGCCGUCCGUCGCCUGAGGAGGUGGGGCUUCCUCCCGCGCACCCCCUCCAGGCCCGCCCACGCCGCCGGCUCCGCCUCCUCCGGUCAGCCGCCCCAGGCGGACGGCUCCUCCUCCUCCGCCGCCGGGGCUCCUCCCCCGGCGUCGACCACCGGCGUCUCCCUGGCGGUGGAGGCCGUCAACCAGCCCGUGCCGCACAAGCUGGGCCUGUUGGCGCAGGCCACGCCCACUUCCCCGGCCCAGGCCGACUCCCCGAUGUUCUCCGCCCCGUCCCCGCCGCCCCCUCCCUACGCCCCCCCGGCGCCCGACGCGGAGGCCCCACGCACGCCCCCCCGCGGCGGCCAAGGCCCCGCCCCCGCGCCCAGCAGCCCCUCCCUGGCCUCCAUCUUCCAGUCGCUGGGCCAGAGGAUCUCGCUGUUCAGGCCCUCCCCGUCCUUCUCCUCGUCCUUCUCCUCGUCCAACUCCAUGCCUCUGUCGGCGUCGCCCUCCUUCUCCACCACCUCCUGCUCCUCCUCCUCCACCUCGGACGACGAGGUGCUGCUGAUCCCGCUGGCGGAGGACGCCGUCUCCGAGGACGACGUGCCCAUGCUGACGUGAACCGGAGCCUAGACGCUCGGUUGCGCCCCCCUCCUGGUCACCUUGUUUUUAUUUUUAACUUUAUAAUCACGCUCACCUGACAAGCCACAAGCCAAUCAAAACCCAGCCAUUCCCUUCCCCCCACCGACCCCCCACCGACCCCGCCCAACCCCGGGGUCUUCUACCACAGUAACGCCGGGACACCGGCCGCCCCGUUGAGUCUAUCUCUGUCUUCGUGUUUUUGGUUUCGAACUCAAGCGCAGGAUGCGGUGGCCACCAUGGGCAGGUCUAGUGCCUUUUUUUAAAAAAAGUUUUUAUUUUUAAAAUGGCUUUGUGCUAGAUUCAGCGACACAUGACUUCUUGUAUCCGGGGAUUAAGUCGACCUGUUUGUUUUUGUUUUAAUCUCUAAAGUAUUUGUGUGGGAUAGAGUUUGCCUGGCUGACGUGUGAGAGGGAGCCUGUGUGUCUUGAGUUCUGCUUCGAAUGAGCGCUUAACCACGCCGGGCUGUCUUUUUGUUUUUUAUUUUAAAGAAGGUUGAAUUUUUUUUUUUGCACAGAAUAAUAACAGACCCUAUUUGCUUGCUGUGGCUACUGUCAAAAUAAAUAUUAGUAGUCGUCAUUUUAGAAGACGCCAUACAUGGGUCUUUGUAUGACUAGUGAGGAAAUGCAUAUUUACAAACGCACGUGCAGUUUUGUGUUUGGGGAGGAUAUCUGUAGUCGUGGAGUAUGUUCAUAGAAUCGCUCCUGCUUAUUUCCGCAUCACCUUGUAUCAUGCUUCUGGUCAGAAAUCAAACAAAAUCAAUAUUCCGUAAUUAAGUGCCUUUACCACAAACCUUUCCCCGGCAGCAAUCUGAGGGGACAACCGAAACAACAGGGCACGACAAACAAUCUGUGCGCCCACAGAAACAGGAGCACAAUAGACGUCGUACCCGCCACCACUCCACACAGCGCAAGGCCACGCCGGAAAAGAAAUCAACGCAUGUCUAUAUCGCUAUGGCUACUAGCAAUAAAAUGUUCCUGUUUUCUAGGUUCUGGCGGGCUGUUUCGCGUGCACCAUUGCGCACCGCGGUUCCGGUAGGAACCCUGCAAUCAAGAGCUUUUCUGUCAGAAUGUAUGCAUGUGGUUUUGGUCAGAGCUAGACUAGAAGUGUCAAAGGACUUGGACGGUCUGGACAAAACGGCCGCCCGGUGACACCGAAGGUGUGGGAGUUUGAACGAGCCGCUACUUGAAUUGUCGACCCAGAAGAAGAGGAAACGAUCGCUUCCCGUCGUGUUUUUUUGGAUUCUACAAUGACGACGAGUGAACCAACCUCUUAAUGUGCCAUUUGUUCCUGGAAUCCAUUUUAAUUGUUUUCACCCCUCGUUUAAAUUUUUGGGCGAGUCAUCAGUUCUUAAAAUGUUGCUUUAAUGAAUGUAUCGGCCUCUGAGAGACGUACUAUUUGGACUGUUGUUUAAACUUGUAAUAUUGUAGGCCUAUGCCAGGACGUGAUGUUUAUGAAUCACUAGGGUCAAAUUCACUGUACAUAAGUAAAACGUGGCUCAGAUUAAAAAUAUUUUGCACUUUUACUUGUUUUCCCAUCCCUUGUGUUGCGUUUUAAGAUUGUAUAUUUGAGGUGUCUUGACUGCACUGGUGAGAGGUCAGGCACGAGUGAGAAGGGAGUGAACAUUUUGUAGUCCAUCGUAAUCUUUGGGAGUGACCAGGGAGUGAAAAUGAAUGUAAUGUAACAUUUUUAAAAUGGUACCAAGCAGACCUGCACCCAAAAUAUGGAUAUGCAGACAAUUUUUGAUGAAUUACUUUAUCAAAAUACUUUAUAAAAGUAUUUUGGUCCCUGACCAAAACGCCUGUUCCCUACGAACUUGAUAAAAGCGUAUGCUAAAUAUAAAUGUUAAUCUGGAGGCUGAGAAUGAUCACACACUAAGAAAAAUAAUUUUGGUACUUAAAGACUAAAGAUAAAAUAUACACUAAAGAUCAAAUUAGCAUUUGAGGAGAGCCCACCGGAAACAUUUGGUCCAAUGUGGCCAUUAUGCUGCAAGUACUAUUCCAACUACAGGAAGUGGGACCCUUGUGUGGGUUGCAACAGUGGUACAUCAGGUGGGUCGUGUUUUGGCCACAAACAAUGCUAUUUACAUUUUCCUUGGACGAUUAGUAUGAUUUGUACUACAGUGGCAUGGUAGAAGAACAGAGGAAUACUGCAUUGCUGAACAAUAUAAAAAGUGAUGGAUCAUUUGUGAAGGGUUGGAUAUGGAAUUAAAGGUAGAAAAGGAAAGAGGAGGACGCCCCCUCAAAAGGGUAGAGUAGAAAAAGGUUCACCUGUGACCAAAUCAUUUAGGGACAGCUGUGCAUCAUCACCUCGUUAAGCAGGUCAGCUGGGGGCUGGCAACAUUUAAAAAGCCUCCACAUAGCUUUGCUCUGCAGUGGAGUCGUCCCAUUGUAAUUAUGACAGCAAUCCUCUUUACAUGGGUCUUCCUCCAAGCUAUCCUGCUUUGGGAUAUCGAAUGUAGCCCUAUUAAAAAAGGGUUUGCCCCACCGUAUAAAGGCGGGUAUUCUCAAGAUCCGUGGGGUGCCCAACCCAAACAGCAGCUGUACCCCAGCCAUGAAACCUCUGGCUCCAUGUCUGGACCCGGUGCACAGGGUUUGUCCUCGGGGGCGCUGCCUUCUCCUCCCCCUACAGGAUUCAACGGAGGCUAUUCUUCCCCAACAGGCUCAUCUCAAGGCUCCUGGGCAAUUCCUCCACGCACGUUCGCUGGUGGGUCAAGAGCCGCUUCUGACAGUCACGCUGGCCCCAAGGGACAAAUGGCCGGCCCCCGACCCCCACCUGGACCACAGUUCGUCCCAGGAGAGCUGCUCAACAUCGAGAGCACAAUGGAGGACGGACGCUAUGAGUCUGAGACCCAGGAACGCGGUGUACCCCCACCGCCAUCGUAUGGAGCUGCUGUAGGACAGGCGGAGGCCUUCCACAGCCCUGCAGCCCUUAUGCCCCAGGCUUCAUUCGGGUAUUUCUACCCUUACGAUGCGCUGUUCAUCACUGGCCAGUAUCCUCCAGGAACCUACACCCAGUCCAGCAGUAGUGUUGAGCGUGGCAGAGAUGACUGGCAGGAAAACCGCUACAUCCGAUAUGACUACCCCGCCAAGGACCAGGAACAGCAGAUGCAGAGUUACUCACAAUACUCGGAUCAGAGCUACCAGCCGGCCGAGCCAGAAGGACCUGGAAAAGGCCAGGAUGUGGAGCAGCAGUUCCAGGCCUAUGAAGGUCAAUGGGUAGGCUGAGACCACCAGAUGUGGAGCCUGGCUGGGACAAUGGGAUUCCAUGUAGAGUUCAGAACUUCUUUCUCCGUAGAUGCAAUGUCUUUCUGGUGGUGGAAACGUCAUGCAUUUGAUUGGAUGGUCAAUAAAGUUACAAAUUCUACAUCGCAA